AUGAUGCGAGAGAGCGCUAGUGUAGCUACCAUUGCUGCUCUAUCUGUUGGAAAUAUGCAGGGUUAUUAUGCUACUUACAAUGAUCUACUAAAAGAAAAUUUGCCGAAGCUUUGUGAACAUCUGAGGUUGUGCAACCUCACACCUGAUUUAUACCUUCUUGAUUGGGUGUAUACUGUAUUUGCCAAAGCUAUGAAUAUCGAUCUGGCUUCGAGAGUCUGGGAUGUUUUUCUUCGGGAUGGAGAUGAGUUUAUUUUUCGAACAGCCAUAGGUGUGCUAAAGAUGUGUGAGGAAACACUAAUGACAAUGGAUUUUGUUAGUGGUUCACAAUACCUUACAAGGCUACCUGAUCUCUGUCCAUUGAAGUUAUUUGCAGCUAUAUCAUCUGUGAAAAUGUCGGUUGGAAAGCAAUCUUUUGCCAAUGUACUCCAGUCUUACACCCACAGUGAUUAGUAAGAUGAGAGGGAAGCCUGUACCAUCUGCUACAUCUUUAAAUUUUAGACAAUGCCAUUAAUGUUUCCUUAACUAUUUCAUUACCGCUUGAUUAUUAUUUCAAGUAUUUAUUUAUAUACCUCCAUCCCCUUGCAAUAACAUUUUAGUUGUAUUUAUUGUGCAAUUCAAUAUUAUUUGUAUUAAAAAAGAACAAAAAAACUUUUUUAGUUAUUGGGUAUAAAACCAACUGCAGCCGUCCUGAAAAAUAUAGAAAAAAAUAUUCCUAUCAUUUUAUAUAUUAACUAAAGUUACUACUUUCUUAUAUUGUAUUGUUAUAAUUAUUAAAUUUAUUGAGAUUCAUAAGUAUUGAAUUCUUAUAUAUUUUUACUGUUAAAUUUUUAUCGUACAUUAUAAUUUUGAAUUUUAAAAUUAUUCUUUAAUUGCUAGAGUAGCAAUUAAAAUCCCAUACGUUCUCCAAAUAACUUAAAUUUGGAUUUGUGCCAUUUAAAAGAACGUCCUUAAGAAUUGUGGCCUUAUUUGUAAUUUACCCACUACUCCAUGCAUAUUAUUUUAUUUUGUGAUACUAGUAUGUUAUCCCCACUGACAUUGAUUGAAAUGAUCAGUUCUUUUAAAUUGAUGUGUUAUAAAGUUUAUAUUAUUUGUAAUGUGAUAUUUUAUUUAAUAUUUUAAAUGAAUUUGGAAAUCUUUUCACCACAUACUGGAACCUAAUACUUAAUAAAUUUUUCACUCUUUGUCAGGAAUUUUAAACUGUCAGGGUGCAGCUGAUGAUUAAAUUAUUAUAUCAGCAUAUAAGAUCUGUUUAAGUUAAGUACCUGAAUCAAAUUACCACUGAUUUCAUCUCAAAAGUUUUACUUCGAUAAAUAAGUGGUAAAUGAUUAGAAUUAUUUUAAGUGAUUGCCUAUUAUUAUUAAUAUAUUCUUUAUAUUAAAUAUCUUUACAGAAAAAUAGCUACUGACAAACCAUUUAUGUCCAAGUAGCCUUGAAUAUGACCGAUGCAAGGCCACCUAAAUAUUAGUGAAGUUCACAACUUUAUUAAAGCAUUCUUAAUGUUAAACUAAUUAAAAAUUAAUGUUAAUGCACACAAUAUUUCUGGAAGCUGAAAAAUAUUUAGGUUAUUAAUGCCAUAAAAAAAAAAUAAUAAUUAUUUAAAUUUUACAAUAGGUCAUUAUCAAUAAGUCAGUGGUUUACUAAAUAUCUCCUCUAUGAGAUUGUCAAUAAAUUUUAAAUAUUCAGAUGUACUUUCUUAAAAAAUAAAAUAAAUUCUUAUAUGCUAUAUACUAGCAUAUACUAAUGGAUUUUCUUUUUCAUUAAUUAAAAGGUUUGCCUUCAUAGAAAGUAAAGAGGGAAUAGUUUUAAUUACUGUUAUUGUUCAGAUUUGUUAUUUAUUUAUUUUUCAUAAUAAUAAUAAUAUGCAAUUACUUCUAUUUUUGACAAAUGAUUACGAUAUUUUUCAUAUAGGCCUAUAUAGAUAAUUAAUCUCUAAUUAUAUAUAUUUCUGAUUAUUUUUGUUAUAUAGAUUGUAUUUAUUUAGUUUAGUCUAGGAUUAAGGGUUCUGGAGUUCGAUUCCCCCAAUUAUAUAUCAACUUUUACACCUGUUUUCCCACCAUAAUUAUUUGUUGAAAUAUGUACAAACGGCCUUUCGAAACAUCAUAUUAGAUCUCAUUUAUAACAGACCUAUAGUUUCUUUUAUUCUUUUAUAAAUUAUUUGGUAAAAUUUUGAUAGAUUGUUUGUCACAUGUAGGUUCAUAAUAAUUAGGACCGAGCAAAAUUUUAAAUUAUUUUCUAAAAGCGCCUAUAGUACAAAAAUUUCAAAGAAAUUAGUAAUUGUGCUCUAUAUGACAAUGGAAAUUAAUUCUCUUUUAUCGCUUGUUGAGUUUCUUCAAAUGUAGGAAAACAUAUAUUAGUGUGAAUAUUUCAUCUUUUUUUUUUUCUCUUAAAUAAUAAAAUUGUAAUAUAUUAUAAUUUUACAUAUUAAGAGCUGUGAAUUUUAUGAUUUACAACAAUGUCAAAAGUUGCAUUAAAACGGAUCAAACGAAUUAUCUGAAUAUUCAUAAGAAUUCGGGGAUUUCCUCAAUGAGUACAUUAAUUUGUUAUUAGAGUAAAUCAUUAAUGUAUUUUUUUCUCUUGGGGUUCCUGGUAAUAUAUGUAUAUACAUAUAUAUAUUUGUAUUGUAUCAUGUCAUUAAAACUGUACAUAAUCUCUAAGAAAGUUGAACAAGUUUCUACACUUUUAGGUGUAUUCGGAAAUGUUAUGAGAACAAAAUGACAAUGCAUAAAUUUAUUUUAAUUUUUUUAAUAAGUGUAAUAUUUUGCUCAAUAUUUCUUAAAGUAAACUUUUAAGUUAAUGUAUCAUUAUUAUUAUUAUUAUUAUGAAAUAGAUCAAUCAUCUGUGCCAUAAAGAUUGAGGGUACAGAAAAAUUGUUUAGAAUGAAUGAUAUGUAAUUAUAUUCCUUUAGUUAAGAUUUAAAAAAUCCUAUUGUUCAUAUGUGUAUAUUGUAAUGUCUUAUAAAUUUUUAAAAACAAUUUUUACAGUUUUAUGAAUUCACAUGUUUAUAUAUAUAUAUAUAUAUACAUACAUAUAUAUAUUUGGUUGUUACAAAAGUGAUAUUGUAAAUUAUAAGAUUAUGAUGCAUUUACAUUAAAUGUCACCAAUAAUUGUUGUUUGUAAUCAAAAUAUAAGUCAUAUCUUAAAUUAAUUACUGUUGCUGUUU